AUCACCCGACUACUACACACUUCGCCGCACAUCCUCCCAUACAUACCCACCCGCGGUGUCUGGGGGCUCCAACCCUAAUCCACCACUCCCAGCAACGCCAUCAAAACCUGCAGAUACACGUCGGCACAAUCAACACAUCACAUCUCGUUUGGCAUCCCACCAACGCGUCAAUCACAACAUGCCGCCCGGGCCGUCGCCCAAAGAUGACGACGAGCGCAUCUAUGCUUGUCCACACUGUCCAAAGCGAUACGUACGCAAGGACUACCUAGAACGACACGAGCUCAAUCACACUCGCCCAAGCUCUGUGUGUCCCGCAUGCGGAAAGGGCUUUGCGCGCCCUGAUGUUCUCCGCAAGCACCUGUUCACAUCCUGCAAAUCUCGGAGGACUGGCGAUGGGGACCCACCACCGCCGCUCACGACCGCUGAGGAAGAUGCCCUGGUACCCCGCAAGCGCAGGCGACCACAGCGCAGACUCACCAUUCCCGGUGUCAAUGACGCGGUGCCCCCACUUCGUAUGGCAAGCCACGGUCACCCAGCAAUGACCAAUGGCCACCGACCCGUCUCGGUCCACGCGCGCACUCACAGCCACCCCCACGCCGUUGCGCACCCAGCCCUCAGCGACGGCCUUGACGAGCUCUCGCGCAGCCAUGGCCAUAACAACCACCACCACGGCAGCCAGAACCAUGGUCAAAGUCACCUUCCUUUCCACCAUCAUCACCACCAAGGCCCCCAUGUGCACCCUCCUCCGGACCACCAGGGCUUCUCUGUGUCACCCACGCCAAGUGACGUGACAACUGAGAGUGGUGCGCCAGGGUCGAGUUCUGGGCUCCCGGGACAGACCUCAGCUUAUGGCGCGCAUCACCAGCCGCAGUACGGAAAUGGGAGCAGGUUGGACCACUACCGUGUUGUCCAACGACUUUCUGGUCCCCCGGCCUCGUCCCCUCUAGACCACCAUGACCCACAGUCUGGCAUGCCCCUCCUCUCGCCCCAGCAGUCCCAGCCGCGGUACCCUCAGCACCUUCAGCACCACCAGGUUCCUACGCCAUCCCAACUGCCGCACGGUCACCCUCACCCUCGGCAACACCAGUCGCCCGACCACCGACUUGGUCCUGCUCGGGCCGGCGGUAGCCUGGAAGUCCUUCUGGCGCCAGCGUUUGCUGCAACCCCCGAAACGACGUUCGGUUUCGGAUUCGCGGCGCCAAAGGACAACGGCGAUUGGCAAAAUGCGAACCCACCCCCGCACGCUGGAGGCCUCCCUCACUCUCUCCCGCCCCCGCAUGGCGUGCCAGGAGUCCAUGGCGGCAGCGGCAUUCAGUUCGACCAACAGCGCAACUGGGCUCAGCCUACAGCAGUUGACAACAAUGGCCUCGAGACCUCUGCCGGUGUGGCUGUCCAGCAGGGUUUUGGGGUGGCUGGCCUCUCACCCGACCUCCCGGUGCCAACAACUACGGGUGAUGCCAGCUCAAAAACAUACUCUAGCACUGGGAACCGCGGUGCGUCGGCUUCGUAG